AUGCCGCAACUGGGCCUCCCCUCGUACGCCGCCCUGCGUCGUCAACUGAUGCUGACCUCGCAGACUCUGACGCCUCUCGCCGUCUCGAGCCCCAACUAUGCCGGUCGUCUGCCCACCUGUCCGCUCGGUUGUAGUGAGACCAUCCCCAUCACCGUCUACAUCGAUAUGGACCCCCCGAAGCACCAGCUCGAGCUCGAGCUCGAGUCCACGCGCGAGCCGGCGGCCGAAGCCGAGCUCGAGCCGGAGCCGGAGCCCGAGCCGAUUUCGCCUCGCCUUCGGCCUCGAUCCAGAUCCCGGCCCCAGCCUCGAGCCCAGACUCGAGCCCAACCACGAGCCCAGCCGCGAGCUCAGCCUCGAGUCCGGCCUCGGCCUCGGCCGGCCGGACACAGAGCCGCCUCGGUCCCGCCCCGAGUCUUGCUGGACCGUGAACUCACCGCGUCGCCGGUAACAAUCACGAUGCGUGCCCACACGCCCUCUCGACACGUGAGCCGUCCCCACUUGCUGCAUCAAAGGUCCUUCGUUGAGGCCGGUCACCACGACUACGUCGGGACUACAAGUUCCGAUCGGCCUCGACGACCCCUCACCGGCUCGCUAUGGCAACUGGGCCAGACCGGCGAGCCGGCUCGACUCCGAGUCGGUCCGCGAGGCAGACGCGACUCGACCGAGCCCCCCAGAGAUAGGGCGACCGGCAACAUCUGCCACGAGAACGUCUUCUACACGCAGGCGCCCAAAUUUUCCAAUUACAUCACCUACUCCCAGACUCUACAACCGUCAGAUCGGCUUGUCAGCCGUCGUCUCGUCCGUCCCACCUCGCCGUCGCCAUCGCCGUCGCCGUCGCCUUCGUCUACGGUACCAGCCGGCUCGCCUCGAAAGCUGAGAUCACAGAGCCCUCGAACCUUCGACGAGGUGAAGCGAAUGAUGGCCGACCGAAGAGCCGAGACACGAGGCAACCUGCCCUUGGAGAUGGCCGAGUCCUUGAUCCGUUGGCCGGCCAAAUCGGCUGUUCACUUUGACCAACUUGAGUCCAGAUCUCCUCGGUCGUCAAGGCUCCAAUAUCCGCUCACUCCGAUGACCUUUUACCCCCUCCCGACGGACAGAUCCACCGUCAUCAAGUACGACAAUUGCGACGGCGUGUACACCGAUCUGUAUGAGGCGAGCCCUCUCGCCGGCAACGCAACAAACGGCCUCGCCUCGUUGUUCUAUCAAGCACCAACACCAGCGUCAACGCCAACACCGGUUAAGCCUCCGGAUUGCCCAGUCUUGUCUGGUCGCUCUGACAGCACAGGACGGCCGAUCAGCCGGCAUGGCAACUAUGAGAACGGUAUCAAGGGGCACCGAAACAAAGGGAACCGCGUCGACACACAGUUUCAAGAGACAGCCAACCUCUUCCGCCCCUCGGAUCCGCUACACGUGCUGCCAGUUGAAGAGGCCACCUUCUCUCUACCACCUCCAGUUCAGGUGGCGAGCAGAGAAAAUCUGCCAGUCGCCAUGGCAACCGAAGAGUUGCUGCUCCAGACUCGCCUCAGAUCCGGCUUCCCGAAGCCGCGAAGACUGGCGCUGGAGCGUCUGUCGGACGAGGACGAAAUGAUCCUUGCACCUUUUGCCGUGAAAACCCUCUCAGAGCCGUCGUUCUACGACGGCCGGCCGAAAAGCACCGCCCCCCUCGUUGAUCCGGUCAUCAGCUUCGAUCGUCCUAGCUCGGAUCAACCCGAGACCGUAUACCAGAACGACGAAGACAUUCUCUCACCCGAUGAGCCUCUCAACUUGACGAGACCAGAAUCACGCAAGCCCGUCAUGGGACGUCGUAACGUCACGGUUCGACGUCUCCUCUUCACCGGCCGACGUAAGGCCCCUCGAGACACUGACGCAUUGACUCCACCUCGACCGGCAUCACUGGCCGACGGUGUGGAGAACUCGUCACUUCGAGACGUUCGCCAUGUUCGUCUACGUCCGUCCAACAACCAAAAUCGAGCCGGCAUCUCCAUUUCACGGCCUGGUCAGAUUGACCAAUUGUCUCCGCUCUCCAUCAUCAGCGCCUACCAACAUCUGCCAAGCGAAGCGUCAUCACCCGUAUCCAAGACGGCCUCGAAAGAGGCGACGCAACGGCCUCCGACCAUGUCGCGUACAGUUCAGGAUCAAAAGGCUGUGUGUGAACAACGCUUACCGCGAUCUCCUCCACCGCCCCAAGACGUGACGACCGUCGAGCUCAAACAGUCUGGCGAAAGCCCAGCCCAACCGACUGCUCAAUCAACCAUGACCGAGACUGGUGAUGGGCAUCGAAGCGUGAAAAACGAUUCCGUCUAUCUCAUCGAUGUUCCGGUGAAAGUGCUCCAAAGGACUGCUCCAUUCACCGACACCUCAUCUGGACUUCCAAAACCGCCAAAAAGCCGAGCGUUUAGUCGAGAGGACUCCGACCAAGUGGUACCAACCACAGAGAUCGUCAGUCAGUACGUUUCGAUGAUGCCGAACGCCUCCGUUGCCAUGAUCCGUCCACUGGCACAGCGGAUGACAAAGUCGAGAAUUGACCCGCCAGAGUUCAGCCAUGUUAGGGCUAAACAGGAAGACGGAGACCUCCCGAAUUCGAGAAUCAAGAACGGAGGAGUCUAG